AAGUAAUUUAGUUAUAGCAAGAAACGGACGGACGUUGUGUACCGUUUGGUGAGGUUUCCACACCCGCGGUCGGUGACUGUUUUAGAAAGUAUAUUUCAGUCAAGGAGAUAUUUACCUGUUCGAGGUAGUACCACAGUAGUCGAAGGGUAUAGGUUGAAGUCUUGGCAGCAGUGAGUGAGAAGAAAAACCGGCUGCACUGGGGUGUUUUUAGGGGUUUAUUGCACUGAAUUUUUGUCGGUGAUGCCAGCAGGUGCUAACCACAAAAACACUUCAUAGGUGCAAAUAUCAAAUAUCACAAGACAAAUAACUCCCCUGUAGUCUUCUUCUCGAGGAGAAACCCUCUGUUACGUCGUGUGUUGUAGAAAUCUUGCCUUCACAGGAACACGUCGUGGUGUCUGUUGACAACUUGCUGGGUCUAUUUUGCUGCUUUUGAACUACGAUGUACUGCGGCACCUUUCCAAAUCGAGGCGGAUGAACCCCCCUGCUGCUGUGUUUCGGUUGAAUGACGCAUGCAUGUAGCCCCUGCUGUUGCGGGAUGAAUGACUCUGAUGGACUUUUUAACGCCAGAGGUGGUGAGCGUCCGCUGCUGCCCAUGGAGGGGGUUGUGUUGCCCGACUGGGCUCCAGGGAAGGAGGAACGGAUGCCUCUCUUUUUAUUUGUUUGUCUCUGCUGUUCUAGCAGGGCGAGCUUUGUGUUAUUCCCACGCAGUACGUAUCGCCUGUCAGUUGUCUAGGUAAAUGCAGCCGCUUCCGAGACUACAGCAGUAGUAGUGCUGCCAUACGUUCGCGGUUGGGAAUGGAACGGAUGGCGAAGACUCGUGUCUGUUCCAAGUUCUCGUAGGGAGAUGGUGUCUACGGUACGGGUUCAAGAGAUCCAUAUGAAAUCAAUUUUUCACAACGGGUGGGCGUAGACCUACGUUGUCGCCGAAAAGGCUUGAUGUGGGCGUACUCUUGUUGGGUACAAACAAACUUGGAAGUACAGACCGAACAUGUUGGGGUAGCGUAGGGGUAGCUGGCGAGUACAUGGUUAUCAGGAAGAAAGUGCCAAGGUGUGAAAUCUCUACAGCAGUACUCCCUCCGAGAGCGAACGUGCGGCAGCUGUUAAAAGCUGUGCCCCGACCGGUGACACCAAGGCUUGGCGGAGUGCUGUGCGGUGGUGUUGGUUUGCGUCGUGAAGCUAUGCCAGCCCCGCGAAAUGCCGUGAACCUGAAUCAGCUGAUUGCCCAGUUCCCUCGGUACCAGGAUCCUAAUCGCAUUCGAACAGACGUGCUGAACGUUUGGAGACAUCACCAGAGCCUGGUACCAAAGCGCGGGAGAUUGACGUUGAACACGGGUCAGGAGUGCGAGCUGCUGAUGCUGGAGGGAACGUUUCCUAUCGUCUACCGUGCGGUGACUUACUUCACUCCCGUGGAGAUCUACAUCUCGGAGAACUACCCCACGUCGCCCCCCGUGUGUUACAUCAGACCGACUGCUGGUAAGACCUAA